AGAGAAGGUAAUUAUUAGAAAGAGACUAAAGAAAACAAAAAAGAAAAAGAAAAAGAAAAAGAAAAAAUAGGAAGUGGGCAAAGCGGUGUGAUUUGCAUUCCCCCAUUGGUGGCUCGUUUCAAACCGCCUGCUGCCACCUUCUCUCUCUUACAAAAACACACUUUCUCUCUCCUCUAUUUUCUGUGAAUUUAGAAUUGAAAUUCAAUCAUCAACUCUUCAAAUUCUCAAUCCUUAAACCCUAAUUAUCCCUCGCAAAAGUUCGCAAUCUACUUUUUGAUCCUUUUAGUUUCUUCAAUUUUGUUUUGAAUUGUAUAUAGAAAAUUGAAAUUCAGUGAAUUUUGAUCUGAUGGGAGAAUCGUCGUUGGAGGCAGCCAUGGCGGCGAGUAAUAGUCAUAGUAGUAUAAAUACGCCGUUGCCGCCGCCGUUUCUGAGUAAGACGUAUGAUAUGGUGGAUGAUCCUUCAACUGAUUCAGUGGUUUCUUGGAGUGGAAAUAACAACAGUUUUGUUGUUUGGGAUGUUCCUGAGUUUGCUAGGGAUCUUUUGCCUAAGUUUUUCAAGCAUAAUAAUUUCUCCAGCUUCGUUCGUCAGCUCAAUACUUAUGGAUUUAGGAAAGUUGAUCCGGACCGCUGGGAGUUUGCAAAUGAGGGGUUUUUAAGAGGUCAGAAACACUUGUUGAGGGGUAUCAACAGACGCAAAUCGGCUAAUACUCAUCCUCAAUCGCAGCAGUCUUCAAUUCAGAACACUUCAGUUAAAUCAUGUGUUGAGGUAGGUAAGUUUGGGCUUGAAGAAGAAGUUGAGAGGCUUAAAAGGGACAAGAAUGUUCUUAUGCAAGAACUGGUUAGGUUGAGGCAACAACAGCAAGGAACAGAUAACCAGCUGCAGAGUGUUGGGCAGCGUGUUCAAGGCAUGGAGCAGAGGCAGCAACAGAUGAUGUCGUUCCUCGCCAAAGCUAUGCAGAGGCCAGGCUUCUUGGCCCAAAUAGUACAGCAGCAAAAUGAUGGCAACAGACAUGUCACAGGAGCCACUAAAAAGCGGAGACUUCCUAACCAUGACGAAGAAAGUGGUAGAACGGAAGGUGUGCAUAGUGCCUUCUCUGAUGGUCAGGUUGUCAAAUAUCAGCCUUUGAUAAAUGAAGCUGCAAAGUCAAUGCUCAGAGAGAUCAUGAAACUAAAUGGGCCCCUGCUUGACCAGUCGUCCAAGGACCCUAAUAAUUUCUUGCUUGAUCAUGUACCUGCUGAUUCCACUGUAGUAGACUGUGGCAGCUCCUCUGCUCGAACCUCAGGAGUGAUUCUCUCUGAAGUAGCACAAUGUUCUAAGCAGCCCUUCAUUCCUGAUGAAAGAGGGUUUUCCAAUAAUAAUGCUUUGGAUUCAGAGAUGCUUUCUUCUCUCCCCGUGGGAAGUGACCCUGCUAAAGAAGUUCAAAUCCUAGAAGAUGAAUUGUGCAGGCCUGAAGAAGAUGAAUUGAUGUCAGAGUUCAAGCAUGUGAUUCUGCCUGAGAGCAGUCCUAAAAUCCCUGAUAUGGCUUUCUCGGCGACCCAAAAUCCCGAAGUUGGUUUUACAGAUUCUUUGUCAACAGUUCAAAACGGGACAUUACUAAUGGAUGCGUUGGAAUAUUCUCCGGGUCCUGAUAUGGGUGUUUAUCUUCCUGGGAGUAUUGAUGUGUUCUGGGAGCAGUUUUUCCCCAUGAGCCCAUUGCGCGAGAACCCAGAAGAGAUUGAUUCAAGCACACCAGAGGCCAGCAUUGCCAGAGAGCUUGAAAUAGACGAAGAUAAGGGGUGGGAGAAACUUCACCAUAUGAAUCAUCUGACUGAUCAAAUGGGUCUUCUUACAGCAGAGACGGGAAAGAUUUGAUCUCAGCAGCCAUUGUAUGUAAAUCUUCUUGUCAUUUUGAGGUUUGUGGUCUCUGCGGUUGGCUAACCAGGCUUUCAUAUACGCAAAGCUCUGAUGAUGGGAAGAUAGAAGGGCUUUAGUCAUGUUUGAAUUUGUAUCCAUAGGUUUCUUAUUUUGUGCAUAUCAAAUUACCCCUGGAGUUCCUUUUCAUCUUUUUAUGAGAUAAACCAUGAAUAUAUCGCAGUGGGGUUGUCCGCAAUCAUUCUCUUGGUACUCAUUAAAAUUAGUGGGCGCUCUAUCCAUUUAACCUCCUAAAUUUGGCAAAAGAUCAACACUUAAGUGGUAAGUGAUUGUUUCUAUUGAAGUAUGACUCGGCAAUCUUAGUCUGCCAGAAAAGAAAUCUGCAUAGGCCAUUGCCCUUUGCUACUAGGGGAUUUGGUCAUGGGGGUUAUGUGGAGGAUUCAAGAGGGCAAUUGCUGAAUGAACGCCAUGUUGUGGAGUUCUUGGUCUCUCGAAGAAAAUGAUUGAGAAGGUGUAAUUAAAAAGAUGUGCUUUUCUAGCCAGGUCAGGCAUCCAGGUUUGGCUCCAAUAUGAGGGUGGUGUUAUGAUAGUAAGAAGUUUUUGUGGGUUUUUGAUUGUCUAAAGGAACAUUCUGUAAAUGGUUGUUUGUAGUUGGGGUUUUACCUUGGAAUCACCUGUUUAAGGCUGUAGAAAAAAAUGUUGCAGAUAAGAUUUUUACCUCAUUCUGCAGUUUGUGGCAACUCACUCUAACAUAUGGUCAAGUAGUCUCCUUGAUGUGAGUUUCAAGGCCUUGCAAGGCAUUCUUAGAAACCGUGACCCGAUCGGAGUUGGCAUCUAGGUUCUUUGAUGUUAGUUACAAAAGAUGUAAGUAGUAGUUUUGUAUCUGUUCCUUGCACUUGGUACAAUGAUUCAAUGUGAUUGAAUUUUUAACAGUUUACAUGAAUGCAUUUUGUCAAAGAAAUGCUUUUCUGUUUUUA